AUGUCUCAAAUAUUACCUUUCACAGAAGCUAAUUCAAAAAGAGUAGCCUCAUUAUUUAGAAGAGCAUUAAGAACAGCAUAUGAUCAUUCUAUGAAAUUUGAAGCUUAUAGAAAUACAACAAUAGCAGUUAGACAACAAUUUGAAGCAAAUAAACAUAUUUCAGAUCCAACAGAAUUAGAAAUUGCAAUUAAAAAAACUGAAGAAAAAUUAGCAGAAUGGAAACAUCCAGAUCCUUAUAUUCCUCCAAGUAGACCAGGUGGUACUAAAUUCGAAAGAAAUAUUCCAGUAAAGGGAAAAGUUAUAGAAGAAGAUUGGUAA